AUGUUGUCCAGAUCCUACAAAGCCAUCGUCAUCGGUGCAGGACCCGGUGGUCUGGCAGUGGUGAAAUCGCUACUUGAUGUAGGGCUAAGCAAAGUAUGUUGGAUAGAUAAGUCAUUCAAGGGCGGGAGGUUGAAUGAGUUGUAUAGGGAGAUAUCAUCAAACACGAAAGUAGGUAUCUACCUCGAUGCGGUUGAUUCAUCAGCGACAUGUCGACGUAUCAUCGAUACUACACCUGGACCAAAUGCUAUGACGGAAUUGAAGAAGAUAGACAGAGAUGAGACUUGUCAGCUGAGUUUGGCGGGGGACAUGAUCGAGAUGAUCGAAGAAGGUAUAUCGAAGGAUGGAGGUGUGGAAAAGAUAAGAGGGGACGUUGAGGAGAUUCGGUUGAAAGGCUCAACAUGGUCUGUAGGCCUCAACAACCAUCCAUCACCUCUUACCACCCCUCGUAUAUUCCUCUGUACAGGUUCUCAACCCAUCACUCCAUCUUUUCAUCUCCCUUACAACUCCAACCUCAAGAUCCUAGACCUAGAUAGAUGUAUGGUCAAAUCGACCCUUCCAGCUCUUUUCCCCAAAGACAAGAAGAGCGUAGUGGGUGUAAUAGGUAAUUCCCAUUCUGGCGUAUUGGUCUGUCGUAAUUUGUUUGAAAUUCAUCAAGAGAAACAAAGGGACUUGAAGAUACUGAAUUUCGCAAGGAGUAAGAUAAGAUAUGCGAUAUACCAAGAUGACGGUGGGAUUGUAUACGAUAAUACUGGAUUGAAAGGCGAUACAGCCCAAUGGUCAAAGGAACAUAUGGAUAAUCCUUCUGAACAAGAUCAAGAGGUUAUUGAGCAGAUCGACAUCAGCUCCAAUGAGAAAGAAGUAUAUCAAGAUCGGCUGAAGGAAUGUACGCAUUUGAUAUAUGCAAUAGGAUAUCAGCCGAAUCCAUAUCCCAAGAUGGUCAUUGAUGGGAAAAAAAUCAAUCAGGAUGGUUUGGUUUUUGACCAGGAUACGUCCGAGUUUAGGAUAGAUGGAAACAGGAAAAUCAAAGGGUUAUAUGGAUUGGGGAUAGCUCAUCCGGAGAAAUCGCAGGAUCCAGAAGGACAUGUGGAGAAUAAUGUGGGGUUGGCAAAGUUCUUUAAAUUUGCUGAGAAGAAUCAAGAGCUCUGGAAGGAGUAA